AUGGGCGCCGCACCGCCCAGCGGCAGCGACGGCGGCGCGGCCAUAGUCGCCCAGUACGGCGAGACCAAGCGCGGCCUAAGGAUCGGAAUCGGCGAAAUGCUUACCAAGGCUGGACCGCUGUCGCUCGUUUUUGGCUACACGUUUUGGGGACUUUUUUACAUUUGGCCGUUUAACUUGUGCGUUGCCGAAAUGUGUGCUUACUUGCCGAUCCGCGGCUCCAUUUUCGAAUUCGCGAGCAGCUUUGUUAACCCAGCUUUUGGCAUUGCCAUGGGCUGGAUAUACUUUUUCGCCGGCUUUAUGCUCGUUUGUACCGAGUAUUUUGCUAUCGCUACCGUUAUUUGGUAUUGGGACUCCAGCACGAAUCCCGCCGCGUGGAUCGCCGUUGCCACAUUUUCGUGCACUAUUGUUAACGUGGUUGCCGUUAAAUGUAAUUUUUUGGGCUGGUAA